AUGCCUCAGCACGUGAUGGGGGACAAGCCCUUCGCCCCCGUGCCGCAGCCGGUGCUCCCCAGCCCGCCCUCUGCUCUGGACGACAGGUGUGGCCACACCCCCUCCAGCCGGCGGGCGUCCCUGGGCGCGCCCCUGAGCCUGGGCGCCCACGGCCCCCUGGACUCCUGCAGCCAGCCGCUGUGCCAGCCCAGGGCCCAGAAGCACGGCGCCCGCGCCUUGUGCUGCCCGGCGGCCGGGCCGCGGAGCUCGGAGUGCGGCUGGCGGGCCUUCACCCCCAGGUGCCUGCAGGCCCUCAACACGCCGCGCGGCUUCCUGGGCUUCCUGUGCGCCGCCGCCUUCCUGCAGGGCAUGACGGUGAACGGCUUCCUCAGCACCGUCAUCACCUCCAUCGAGCGGCGCUACGACCUGCACAGCUACCAGAGCGGCCUCAUCGCCAGCGCCUACGACCUGGCCGCCUGCCUCUGCCUCACCUUCGUCAGCUACUUCGGGGGCCACGGGCACAAGCCCCGCUGGCUGGGCUGGGGCGUGCUGCUCAUGGGCGCCGGCUCGCUGGUGUUCGCGCUGCCCCACUUCGCCACGGGCCCCUACCAGGUGGAGGUGGACGAGGGCCUCGGGCUGUGCCGCGCCAACCGCAGCGUGGCGUGCGGGCCCCGCGCCUCCAGCCUGUCCAGCUACCGGCUCGUCUUCAUGCUGGGCCAGUUCCUGCACGGAGCGGGCGCCACGCCCCUGUACACGCUGGGGGUCACCUACCUGGACGAGAACGUCAAGUCCAGCUCCUCGCCGGUCUACAUUGCCAUCUUCUACACCGCGGCCAUCCUGGGCCCCGCGGCCGGCUACCUGAUCGGGGGCGCCCUGCUGAACAUCUACACGGAGAUCGGCCGGCGGACCGAGCUGACCAGCGAGAGCCCGCUGUGGGUUGGUGCCUGGUGGGUGGGCUUCCUGGGCACCGGGGCCGCUGCCCUCUUCAUUGCAGUUCCCAUCCUCGGCUACCCGCGGCGGCUGCCAGGCUCCCAGCACUAUGUGGCCAUGCGAGCCUCUGAGACGCACCAGCUGAAGGACCAGAGCCCGCAGGCGGCCAGCAGCCCCGGCUUCGGGAGAACCGUCAGAGACUUGCCUCUUUCCAUCUGGCUCCUCCUGAAGAACCCCGUGUUCAUCCUGCUCUGCCUGGCCGGGGCCACGGAGGCCACCCUCAUUGCUGGCAUGUCCACGUUCGGCCCCAAGUUCCUCGAGUCCCAGUUCAGCCUCAGCGCCUCGGAAGCCGCCACCCUGUUUGGGUACCUGGUGGUGCCGGCGGGCGGGGGCGGCACCUUCCUGGGUGGCUUCUUCGUGAACAAGUUGAAGCUCCGUGGCUCGAGCGUCAUCAAGUUCUGCCUGGCCUGCUCCCUGACCAGCCUGCUGGCCAUCCUGGUCUUCUUCGCGCACUGCCCCAACGUGCCCAUGGUGGGCGUGACGGCCCGCCACAACAGCAGCGUGUCGCCUGCGGGCCGCCCGGAGCUGACAGCCUCCUGCAACGCCGCCUGCGGCUGCGGGCCCGGGCUCUACAGCCCCGUGUGCGGCUCCGACGGCCUCAUGUACUACUCGCCCUGCCACGCCGGCUGCCAGGAGGCGGCGCCCGGCCCCGGCGGCCAGAAGGUGUACCGAGACUGUAGGUGUGUCCUUCAGAAUUUUUCCUCUGGUUUUGGCCAUGCUACUGCAGGGAAAUGCACUUCAACUUGUCAGAGCAAGCCCCUCCUUCUGGUUUUCAUAUUCGUUGUAAUUACCUUUACCUUCCUCAGCAGCAUUCCCGCGCUGACGGCAACCCUACGGUGCGUCUGCGACCAGCAGAGGUCCUUCGCGCUGGGAAUCCAGUGGAUCGUGGUUAGGACUCUAGGGGGCAUCCCGGGGCCCAUCGCCUUCGGCUGGGUGAUUGACAAGGCCUGCUUGCUGUGGCAGGACCAGUGCGGCCAGCAGGGCUCCUGCUUCCUGUACCAGAACGCAGCCAUGAGCCGGUACAUGCUCAUCGCCGGGCUGGUGUAUAAGGUGCUGGGCUUCCUCUUCUUCGGGGCCUCAUACGUCCUGUACAAGUCCCGGCGGGCGCCUCCCCCGGGCCUGGAAGCGUCUCUGCCCAGCCAGUCCUCGGCCUCCGACAGCCCCUCGGACCUCCAGGGGGCCCCCUCAGGCCUCCAGAGCAACGUCUGA